AUUGCAUAGACGGUUGAAUGGGGAAGAUCGCAACCUUCUCAACGCCACUCCUCUUCCAAUCAAAGCCCCUCUGCUGCUCUCUCCUCUUCCUCACCUCCUCUCUCCUCCUGGCCGCCCAUUUCACCUUCUCCGCCACCAAAUGCCUCUUCCGCUCCUCCCCCUUCGACCCUCUUCAGGGCCCCCUCUUCUCCUACCCUUCCUCCUACGCCCAGCACAAGCACUCCAUCCCCACCACCCGCUCCUCCUGCUCCUCCCCCGUCCCCUUCUCCGAUUAUUGGCUGGUUUCCGAUCAAAUCAAUUCUCUCCUCACACCGCCAUCACAGCCUCCGCCGUCUCUGAAAUUUCUGCAGAGAAACGCCUCCACCUUUGGAGGGAAUCUCACCUUUCCCGAGAGGCUCCCUUAUCUCAACAAUCCCGAUGAUCAUGGACUCGAAAUCCCAUGUGGAUUCUUCAAAAACUUCCCAAUUUCCAGCUCCGAUCGAGAGGCGAUGGAGAAUUGCAAAGGGGUGGUGGUGGUCUCCGCCAUAUUCAACGACCACGACAAAAUCCGGCAGCCGGUGGGCCUUGGAUCCAAAACCUUGGGCCUCGUUUGCUUCUUCUUGUUCGUGGACGACGAAACCCUCGAUCGACUGCACCUGCACAACCUAAUCACGCCGCAGAAAUCAUCCAAGAAGCUCAAGAUUGGGGCGUGGACGGUGGUUAGGGUUUCGAGUGAGGAGUUGUACGAGAAUCCGGCAAUGAACGGCGUUAUACCAAAGUACUUACUCCACCGCCUCUUCCCGAAUUCAAAAUACAGCAUUUGGAUUGAUGCCAAGCUGCAGUUGGUGGUGGACCCGCUUCUCUUGAUUCAUUCACUUGUGAUCAAGGAUGGUUUUGACAUGGCUGUCUCCAAACACCCCUUUUUCUUGCACACCAUGGAGGAGGCCGCCGCGACGGCGCGGUGGAGGAAAUGGUGGGAUGUCAGUGGGAUCAUAGCUCAGAUGGAGAGUUACUGUGAGCAUGGUUUGCUGCCAUGGAAUUCAGACAAGCCUUAUCCCUCAGAUGUGCCAGAUAGUGCUUUGAUCUUGAGGAAACACAGUGUCCCAACAAAUCUGUUUUCAUGCCUAAUAUUCAAUGAGUUGGAAGGAUUCAACCCAAGAGAUCAACUCCCCUUUGCAUUUGUGAGGGACAAUAUGAGGCCAAAACUGAGGCUUAACAUGUUUGAGGUGGAAGUGUUUGAACAGAUUGCUAUUGAAUAUAGACACAACACCAAAAACCAACAUGGUGGUGGUGGGGCCAAUGUAAUGGGUUCCAGAAACUGGGGUUACAACUCAGCUUUAUUUGCCAAUGGUACACAUGGGAAAUGUGAGGGGUAUCUUUUAGAUAUGUGGGGUGAAGUGGAAUCCCCAUGACUGAACUAAGUUUUAAUCUGUUUCAACCAAUUUUUUUUGUCUCUUGUCAAUCUUUACACAGAAUCAUCAAGGUAGAAACCAAUCAACCAAGAAUAUCCUAACAGAAAAGCUGACAAAAGGUGGAAUUGAUUAGCAGUGGUGUUUGAUUUACUGGGAACAGGCCAAUCAUAUGUUGAUUGUUCUAAUAUGUUGUUGGGGCUUUAGUUUUAAUGAAUUCAGUUGUUUGAUAGUUUCUUUGUAUUUUACACAUGAUUAAUAUUUGUAUAGUACAAUACUCUAGACGAAAUAAUCAAAAUGUUAUCAUUUAAAUAAAUUUGAUGAC